AUGUUGACUUUAGAAUCUUACAAUGGGGCAAAAGACUUGCUUGACAAUCUUGAAUCUUUCAAGACUCUCAUUUACCUUCAAGGUGUCCCUGAUGAGAUAAUGUGUAGGGUUUUCCCUACUACCCUUAAAGGGUCAGCACAAGUUUGGUUCAUUAAGAUCAAGCCAAACUUUAUAUCGACCUUCAAAGAGAUGAGCAAUAGCUUCGUCACCCACUUUAUCAAGGGACAAAGGCAUAAACGCUCGAUGCACGCAUUGAUGAAGAUUAGGCAGAGAGAAGACGAGAGCUUGAGAUCAUAUGUCACUCGAUUUAACAAAGAAGCCUUGCUGAUAGAUGAAGCGAAUAAGAUGGUCCUUGUAAUUGCUUUCUCUAGUGGGCUCAAGGAAGGAGAGUUCUGCUUCUUGGUGCUGAAGAAUAAGCCAAAGACUAUGGUUAAUAUACUUUUUAAAGCAACAAAGUACAUGAAUGUAGAAGAUGCGCUUAUCGCUCGAAAGGACAGGAAGGGUAAGAGGAAGAGAGACAACAUGAAGGAUGCUCGAUCUGAUGCUAGGAAGACGACCUCCUGCUACGAAGGGAGGAAGGAUGAUAGGAGGAUGAAGCCUCCUUCUGGACGAAUCAUUAACUUCACUCCCUUGAACAUUCCCCUGGAUCAAGUGCAGAUGCAAAUUGGAGAUGAUCCCCUGCUUGGAUGUCCAGAAAAGCCAAAGGGAGACCUAAACAAGCGGUCUAGGGAUAAGAACUAUUGCUUCCACCGUGAUUAUGGUCACAAUACCUCCAACUGCUAA